AUGCGUGUUGUGAAAUCGAGGUCAGAUCCACGCUUGCUCUCCGUGGCUGUUGCCGUGAGUCAGACUCUGGCUGUUCUCACUUCCCCACCAAGUCUCCUGCAGCUAAAAAGAAAGCGGCUCGGGCUGGGAGGCAAGAAGUGGUUCUCCUUCAGUGGCACCGGGUUUCCGUGCUGCAGGCAGGGGAAACGCAAAGGCAAAAGCAAAAAGUGGAAGGAAAUCUUGAAAUUCCCUCACAUUAGCCAGUGUGAAGAUCUCCGAAGAACAAUAGAGAGAGAUUACUGCAGCAUAUGCGAAAAGCAGCCGAUCGGAAGGCUUCUCUUUCGGCAGUUCUGUGAAACUCGACCCGAGCUCGAGUGCUGCAUUAGGUUCCUCGACUCGGUGGCAGAAUAUGAAAUUGCUCCAGAUGAAAAGCUGGGAGAGAAAGGAAAGGAAAUCAUGAUGAAAUACCUCACCCCAGAGUCUCCAGCCUGCGUUCCUGAAGUCAGUCAAGAUCUUAUCCAACAGACAGCGGAGAAACUCGAAAACAGCCCCUGCAAAGAGCUAUUCUCUCACUGUACAAAAUCUGUCCUUGACCACCUCAGUGGGGAACCAUUCCAAGAAUACCUAAACAGCAUGUACUUCGACAGGUUUCUCCAGUGGAAGUGGUUGGAAAGGCAACCAGUAACGAAAAACACGUUUCGGCAGUACAGGGUGCUAGGGAAGGGCGGCUUUGGGGAGGUCUGUGCUUGCCAAGUCCGAGCGACAGGGAAGAUGUACGCCUGCAAGAGAUUAGAGAAGAAGAGAAUAAAAAAGAGGAAAGGCGAAUCCAUGGCACUAAAUGAAAAGCAGAUUUUAGAAAAAGUCAAUAGUCAGUUUGUAGUCAAUUUAGCCUAUGCCUAUGAAACAAAGGAUGCACUGUGUUUAGUUCUGACCAUAAUGAAUGGAGGUGACCUGAAGUUUCAUAUCUACAACAUGGGAAACCCAGGCUUUGAGGAGGAAAGAGCUUUGUUUUAUGCAGCAGAGAUUCUUUGUGGCUUAGAAGACCUACAUAGAGAAAAUACUGUGUACAGAGAUUUGAAGCCAGAAAAUAUCCUGCUAGAUGAUUAUGGCCAUAUUAGAAUAUCUGAUUUGGGUCUAGCUGUUAAAAUCCCUGAGGGUGAAUCAAUCCGUGGAAGAGUAGGAACCGUAGGGUAUAUGGCUCCAGAAGUGUUGAACAACCAGAGAUACACACUCAGCCCUGACUACUGGGGGCUAGGCUGUCUCAUUUAUGAAAUGAUUGCUGGGCAAUCACCAUUUCGUGGAAGGAAAGAGAAGGUGAAGAGGGAAGAAGUGGACAGAAGAGUGCUGGAGACAGAAGAGGUGUACUCCCAUAAGUUUUCUGAGGAGGCCAAGUCCAUCUGUAAAAUGCUCCUCACCAAAGACGUGAAGCAGCGGCUAGGAUGUCAAGGGGAAGGUGCAACAGAAGUGAAGAGGCACGCCUUUUUCAAGAGCAUGAAUUUCCAGCGGUUAGAAGCAGGNAUGCUGGAUCCUCCCUUUGUCCCUGAUCCCAGAGCAGUGUACUGCAAGGAUGUGUUAGACAUCGAGCAGUUCUCCACAGUGAAAGGAGUUAACCUGGACCAAACAGAUGAUGAUUUCUAUUCCAAGUUUUCCACAGGAUCAGUGUCUAUUCCAUGGCAAAAUGAGAUGAUAGAAACAGAGUGUUUCAAAGAACUGAAUGUAUUUGGACCAAAUGGUACUAUUUCACCAGACCUAAACAAAAGCUACCCCCCAGAGCCACCCAAGAAAGGAUUGCUACAGAGAAUAUUUAAACGACAGCAUCAGAACAAUUCAAAGAGUUCUCCAAAUUCAAAGGCCAGUUUAAAUCACCACCUAAAUUCAAAUCACUUAAGUUCAAACUCCACUGGAAGCAGCUAGUUCCAACUCAGUUUUAUGAAACAACAUGUUGCAUCCUUCCACUAUAAUCUAUGGAGCUUCUAUGGAUGAGAGAGCCUCCACCGUUGAGUGAAAAAAAAAGGAUCUCCCCAAAAUGGAGAUUUUCUAUCCAUUCCUUCCAGUGGAGCCUCGCAUUUUAAGAAGAAUUUUCCACUCAGGUCUGUUUCUGGAGGUGGCACUCAAGACUGUGUGAAUCAAAUUUGUCUAUUUAGAACAUUGCAAUAGAAUUCAAUGAACAUGACUACUUGCACGUAUUUAAAUAGCAUCAUACUAGAACUGAAUUUUGUCUUUAUUAUUUUUAAAGAAAAGUUUUGUAAAUUUCUCUAUUGUCUCAGUUUACAUUUUGUACAUUUGUAUUUAAAUGAAAGUCAGACUUUGGAGGUGUAUAUUUUCCAAGCAGCAGCUGUAAAGCCAUGUGUUUUAAGACAUUUUUUUAAAAGAAAAAAUAAUGUGACUCAAGACUUCCAGAGCCUCAAACGAGA